AUGUGUCAUGUCUCAUAUCCAACUUGUCGCGUCUACAUGACAAUAUCUUGUGGAAUACAUGUGGGACUGGCGAGUGGACGACAACGGCCAUCUUUUUACCUUUCUGAAAUGGCAGAGAUGACUGUUUCAAAACCAAAGCAACAUGAAAGGAAUUGGCUGGAGCUUCCAUCUGAUGUAAUGGCGAACAUUCUAUACAGAGUUGGUGUUGUUGGCAUACUUGAGAAUGCCAGGAAAGUUUGCACUACUUGGCAUAAAAUCUGCGAAGACCCUUCAAUGUGGAGGGUCAUUCAUAUGAAGAAAAUUUCAGGCCUAUCUCAACAGCUACAAAAGAUGCGUAAACAUGGUGUGGGUGAAAUUGAAGGGCAGUUUGUUUAUAUCAAAGUUGGGAGUUUUGCUUAUGAGCAACUUAUUCCGAAGAUUUGGUGGCAUGCUAUGGAUCAAAGUCAAGAUCAGCUGGUUGAUAUCAAAGGUGUGGGUUUUGCUUAUGAUAAACUUAUUCAGGAGAUGUGUAAGCAUGCUGUGGAUCAAAGUCAAGGCCAGUUGGUUGAUAUCACUAUUGUGGAUUUUGCUUGUGAUAGGCUUCUUCAGUAUGUUGCCGAUAGAUCAAGUCAGCUGAAACGGCUUGAAUUUGUAAGUUGCAAACGCAGUGGACAUUGGAACUUGACCCGAGCUUUGAGAAAAUUUCCAAUGUUGGAGGAACUCAAUCUCUACAAAAUAAAAAUCUCAGAAGAAGAUAUUGAAACUGCUGGCCGUUGUUGCCCAAUGUUAAAAACACUGAAAGUGAAUCAAGAAACUUGCUGUUGGUGGCAUGGACGCCCUGGUGAGAAGUCAAAAAUGAUCCGUAAUAGGACAGCUGUAGCUAUUGGAGAAAACUUACCUGAGUUAAGGCACCUUGAACUUAUUGGGAACAACAUGACAAAUAUCGGGUUGGAGGCGAUUCUGAAUGGUUGUUGUCAUCUUGAAUUACUUGAUUUGCGCGAGUGCUUUUACUUAGAUCUCAAGGGAGACUUGGGGAAAAAGUGUUUAGAAAAGAUUAAAUGUGUAAAACUUCCUAGAGAUUCUAUUGAAGGAUGUCUGUACUAUACUAAAAAUGAUAUCGAUUGCAAGAGAUGUGAAGAGGAUAAUUACUUUUAUAACUCUGUUUUCGGUGUGGAUGUUUCCUUCAGCAAUUUUCUUUUUUUAUCAGACAAAUACAUCUAUUCUAUGUCUACUGCACACAACUCCAUCAACAAUUCAAAUAACAGUUUAUCGUUCUCUCUCAUCUCUGAGUUAUGGUAUUAUUGGACAUUAGAACGUUUUGCAGGGUUGGGCAGUCAGGGACAACCACUGCCGACGCUCAGCUUCUUCCGCUCGGUGGACCGUUCUCGUUUGCUUUUUCUUUCUCCUGUUACUUCGCCGGUCGUUUGA